GUAGUUAGUGUGUGCGCGAGUCAGACUUGUCUCUUAUCAACUUAUCAUUUCUCGCCAAUUUCCCCCUUUUCCCCUCAUCCAUUCCCAAAAUAAAUAUUUCAUUCCGUAUAAAGGAUUCGAUCUUAAACAAUCUUUCCAAAAAUCCAUGCAUUUUUAAAAAAUUCCAAGUCGUCAUUCUGUUGACACGUGGGUUUUCCCAUUUUCGAGGAUUCGUUGUUUUCCAAGUGCAGUGACUCAAACGUUUUUACGUUAUUUGGUUCCUCACAUAUGAUUUUCGAAUGUCGAUUUACGUGGAACUUCAAUGGAGAUCGAAUUUUUUAAAAAAGAAGCGGUAUUUUUCAGCAAGUCCUUCGAAAAGUGAAGUCUUAAGUCGGGAAUUGUGCAGAACUAAAAAAGUUUGAAAAGGGCUCAAUGCGCUAUUCGGUUGGAACUUUAAAGUUUGAAUUUUCCUUAAAGUUCAAAAUUGAUGAUUCCAGUGGCCUAGGGCCAAAUUUCAUUGGAGAGUCAGAAUCUUGAUUAAAUAUUCCCCUGUGAUGCGUCACUGGAAAUCGAUAAUAAUUGUUUUCUUCGGCAAUGAGGAAGGACAAACUUCGUUGUAAAUUUUUUUAUUGUUACGAGACUCCCUUCAUGUAUACACAAUUCGUCCCCGUCUACUACACUGUGCCGGCCGAGGUGCCAACUGGGGUACCACCGAGGGUACCAGCAACUUACGUCAGUGGUGCCGGUAACAAAAUCUUAGUGAGUAAUUUGCCAGCUCACGCGAGAUUUGAAGAUGUGGAGCAGCUUCUUUCAAACUAUGGACAAAUACAAAAUAUUGAAAAAGUGUCCUCCCGCGAUCCAAACUCGCAAAGCGUCCUCAUCAGUUAUGAAUCCCAGGAACAGGCACAGCAGGCUGUGAGCCAAUUGAAUGGGUACGAGUUUGAGGGAAACCCACUGAAAGUGGAGAUGGCUAGUGGGGAGGGUCGACGAAGGGGUCGCAGUCAGCGAGGUGGAGUCGCCUUCUCUGGAAUUCCUGGAUCAGGUCGUCAAACAGACUUCCCGCUUCGUAUUCUGGUCCAGUCGGACAUGGUGGGGGCGAUAAUUGGCCGACAGGGAUCGACGAUAAGACAGAUUACACAGAUGACCCGCGCCAGGGUCGAUGUUCACCGGAAGGACAACGUCGGAUCCCUCGAGAAGGCCAUCACCAUCUACGGCAAUCCCGAAAAUUGCACCAAUGCCUGCAAAAAGAUCCUCGAAGUCAUGCAGCAGGAGGCCACCAACACCAACAAGGGUGAGAUCACACUGAAGAUCCUUGCACACAAUAAUCUGAUUGGUCGCAUAAUCGGGAAGGGUGGAAACACAAUCAAGAGGAUUAUGCAGGACACUGACACCAAGAUCACCGUUAGCAGUAUCAAUGACAUCAACAGCUUUAAUCUUGAACGCAUCAUCACGGUCAAGGGAUCCAUUGAUAACAUGAGCAAGGCCGAGGCCAUGAUUUCCCAGAAACUUCGUCAAAGUUACGAGAAUGACCUUCAGGCUAUGGCUCCACAAAGUAUGAUGUUCCCGGGACUGCACCCGAUGGCGAUGAUGUCGACGGCCGGGAUGGGAUACAGUUCUCGUGGACCGGGAUUGUACGGAUCGGGGCCGGCUCCCUAUCCCUAUCAGAGCAGUCUGCCAACGCAGCAGGGCGGCACGCCAGCUGCCGCCGACACGCAAGAGACGACCUUUCUCUACAUUCCGAACAACAGUGUUGGUGCCAUCAUUGGCACGAAGGGAUCGCACAUCAGGAAUAUUAUCAGGUUCUCUGGCGCGAGUGUCAAAAUCGCCCCUCUCGAGCAAGACAAGCCGGCCGAGCAGCAGACCGAGAGGAAAGUCACCAUUGUCGGAUCGCCGGAAUCUCAAUGGAAGGCACAAUACUUGAUCUUCGAGAAGAUGCGCGAGGAGGGAUUUGUCGCAGGAACGGAAGACGUGAGAUUAACGAUUGAAAUCCUGGUGCCGAGUGCCCAGGUUGGUCGGAUCAUCGGAAAAGGUGGACAAAACGUGCGAGAACUUCAGCGCGUGACCGGAAGUGUUAUUAAACUGUCGGAACAGCAAGCCACGCCGCCAGCAGCCGACGAGGAAACAACUGUCCACAUUAUCGGGCCCUUCUUCUCCGUUCAGUCGGCACAGCGAAGAAUUCGUGCGAUGGUAUUGCAACCAGCCGGUCCCGGAACCGGAACGGGCGUCGUAGGCACCCGCGCUGGACGCGGAAGCAGCCAGGAAGGCGGCGUCCGUUCCCGAAGAGACGACAGUGCCACCUCCCAGCCAGGAAGCACGACGCCUCAACAAAGUCCCGUUCAACAGCAAUCGAGCUCGCCUCCGCAGCAGCAGCAGCAGCAAAAUCAGUAACGUUGACGCGACAUCCAACGCCAACUAAAAACGCCUCACGAAUAUCCAUUUUACUCGGUCGGGGUGGUCUCGUCGCUCGAAAACUAAAACUCUCUCGUCGACCAACUACUACUGCGCUCACCUUCCACCAGGGUCUUCCAAAACACUCUCAAGUCAGCGGUAAAACGCCACCGGGUAAAACACUAUUAGGUAAAACACUACUGGGUAAAACACUCCCGGGUAAAACGCUACCGGAUUAAACGCUCAUCUAGCAUUUCCGAGCGUUUUACAUUUCCGUUUGACUUGAAAUUUCCGAUGAUUGGCAGACCCACACAAGUUCGGUGAGAUCCUUAACGACGAAAGUGACUCUCGAACAAGUUUUGCUUCGAAUAUGCGAAAACGAAAUCCACCUCGCUGAUAAAGUGGAGCAACGACGAAACACACACAACCUUAUUACCUCAUUCAUUACGGUUAAAGAUUUAAUAUGAUAAAGAAAAGUUGAAAUGAGAAAUGAUAACCGACUAAUCUAAAAGAACUACCUAAUAUUAAAGUUUAAAUAAUAUACAGAGAAGUUAGGUAACGAUUACACUUUACGUUUAUAAACUGGUUAAUACUACAGCUAAUAUUACUAUUACUAUUAUUAUUGCCGCCGCUAAUGAUGCGGCAUUGUUUAUCACGAAAUAGAUUCAGUUCUUUUUUUUCUUUUUUUACUUGGAAUUGUAAUCCAUAGACAUUUAUUGUGACUCGAUCAAGUCAGUUGAGAGAUGUGGCGGUCCGGAAACGUUAACGGAAAAACCCGAAUCGAAUCGAGUUGUUGUUUCAAUGAGAGAGACAGUAGCGACCCCUCGCGCCGCAAUACCAAAGAAGCGAUUACGAUGUUUUUCGUGUCAAGCGAAGUGAGCGCCUCUGUCUUUAUCUAGAUUCUAGAAUCUCUAGAAUUCUAGAAAGUUUUUUCUCUCUAGAAAUCUAGAAAGCUCUUCUUUUUUUUUCUAGAAAUCUAGAAAGUUCUUUUUUUCUAGAAAUCUAGAAAGUUCUUUUUUUUCUAGAAAUCUAGAAAGUUCUUUUUUUCUAGAAAUGUAGGAAGUUUUUUUUUUCUUCCUAGAAACGAGAACAAUCAAGGAUAGAAGCGACGACACGAGUAGGAGGAGGAGGCCGCAAAACUUUAUCAGGGAUUCUUACUUUACCAUGGAUGUAAUAGUGUGCAAGUGUGCGUGUGUUGAAUAAUACUAUUAAUUGAUAAGUAAUUAAUUACUGAUUAAGAAAGUUGGCGAACGAGUCACGAGUAAGACGAAAGACUUUUUUUUAGUCCCU